AUGAGCUCCGAUGGAGUGACAACAACGGCUAGGCUUAGCCGGGAAAACGGUGUGAAUACGAAGACAACGGAACGCCAGGAGUACAGAAUUUUUCUGCCGAGUUUGCCUGCUGGAAAAGUUGGAAAAAAUACUGUUGUGCUGCAUGGUGACAUCACCGGACGACCCUACUGCAAGGAAGACUUCAAACCUCCGCUGAAAGAACUGAUCAAAGGUACGGAAAUCGCGGCGUUUGGUGUUUAUCAGUUGAACCAUAUCUGGCUUUUAACGACGCACCACGAGGAAACAAAACAGAAGCUACUUAAUGCAAAAGAAUGCAUUGUGAAGGGAAAGCGCUGCUUGAUUAUCGACUGUUGUCAACAGGAAAUCGUAGCGAAGCUGCACUGGUUGCCUUAUCAUGUACCCGAUGACAGUGUAAGGAAGGCGUUUGAGGUGUUCGGACAGGAAAUAAUUGUUAGUCGAGAAAAAUGGACUGACGACUACUUUCAUGACGUUGAAUCGACAACAAGGGUACUUAAAAUGAAACUCAAAGAAGGCGUGACGGUGGACAUCAUCCCUCACCAGAUGAGGUUGUGUGGGAAAUCGGUUCUUGUGUCAAUACCUGGAAGACUCCCCCUAUGCCUGCGGUGCAGGGAGCUGGGUCAUGUCAGGAGACAAUGCAGGGCUCCGAGAUGUAGUAAAUGUCGACGAUAUGGACAUGAUGAUGAAAGCUGUGUACGCUCCUAUGCGUCUGUAACGAAGGAGGUGCGUGAAGAAGCUGAUGAGAACCUCAUGGACGAGGCCGAUAUGGAAGAAAUUCAACAAGACAAACAAGAGGCGGAUAAAGAGGGUGAUGCAGUAACCGGUGCGACGAGCAGUAAAGUCGACGAUGACGGAGAGCUCCUUGAAGCGCAAGUAACAACGCAUGAAGAAGAUCUUCGGGACGUUCAUUCUACUAGCUUCAGCGAACAGAGUUGUGAGGGAGAACAUAUCGAGGUGGACAGUGAAAAAAAUGAAGAAAUAAGAAGUGAUCAGGCAUUACAAGAGGAAACCGUAGAAGAUUGGAAGAGCACCUUAACUCCAGUGGAGUCAUGGGCCUCACGGAAGAGGACAGGUGGGAAGUUCAAAAAACAUGUGAAACCAAAUAUACCAUACGACCCAAGGGAUCGUGGGAAAGCUCAGAUACAGCAAAACAACAAUGACGGAUAA